GAAAUAGCAGUUUAUCCGGAGUCGAAAAUACGAAAAACUAUAAGUACCCCUUUGCACAAUGACGACAGAAGUUGGUGUUAAAGGAAGAACACACCUAUUUAAAAAUAAAGGCAAAGAUGCAGAGGAAAUGCGAAGACGAAGAACUGAAGUUACUGUUGAACUAAGAAAGAAUAAGCGAGACCAUUAUGUUCUUAAGAGAAGAAAUGUUCCUGCCCAAGACAGUACCGACUCAGAGGAUACAGAAAAACCUACACAUGAUUCCCUACAGGCUAUAGUGGCAAAUGCUUCCAGUCCAGAACCCACAGUCCAAUUAACAGCAGUGCAAGCAGCCAGAAAACUUUUAUCCAGUGACCGGAAUCCACCAAUUGAUGACUUGAUUUCUUCAGGAAUCCUACCAACACUUGUUGAUUGUUUAGUGAAAGAUGACAACCCUUCUCUACAAUUUGAAGCUGCAUGGGCACUAACCAAUAUAGCGUCAGGAAGUUCAGAACAGACUCAAGCUGUUGUUAACGCAGGUGCUGUGCCCUACUUCUUAAGGCUCCUGGAAUCAUUACACCAAAAUGUCUGUGAGCAGGCUGUGUGGGCUCUUGGCAACAUCAUAGGUGAUGGUCCAAGGUGUCGAGAUUAUGUGAUACAGCUGGGUGCUGUCAAGCCACUUCUGUCCUUUAUCAACCCAACUAUCCCACUUCCCUUUCUCCGAAAUGUGGCUUGGGUCAUUGUCAACUUGUGUCGUAAUAAGGAGCCACCUCCACCUCUGGAUACAAUUCAGGAAAUCCUACCAGCUCUCACGCAACUCAUACACCACACAGAUAUCAAUAUCCUUGUAGACACAGUGUGGGCCUUGUCAUACCUAACAGACGGUGGUAAUGAACAGAUUCAGAUGGUGAUUGACUCUCAAGUAGUACCCUUCCUAGUGCCCCUUCUGAGUCAUCCUGAUGUCAAGGUCCAGACUGCUGCACUGAGAGCUGUUGGAAACAUUGUGACAGGUACAGAUGAUGAGACGCAGGUCGUUCUAAACUGUGACGCUCUCUCACACUUCCCAGCUCUUCUUACACAUCCCAAAGAAAAGAUCAAUAAGGAGUCAGUUUGGUUUUUAUCCAACAUAACUGCAGGCAAUCAGCAACAGGUCCAGGCAGUGAUAGAUGCUGGACUCAUCCCACUUAUCAUACACCAUUUAGUCAGGGGAGACUUUCAAACUAAAAAAGAAGCUGCAUGGGCGAUAAGUAACCUUACCAUCAGUGGCCGCAAAGAGCAGGUGUCUUAUGUGGUAGAGCAGGGAGUUAUUCCCCCUUUCUGUGACCUCCUCAGUGUGAAAGACACACAGGUUGUACAGGUGGUGCUGGAUGGAAUCAACAACAUCCUUAAAAUGGCUGCCGAUGAGGUUGACUCUAUUUGUCAGGUCAUCGAGGAGUGUGGAGGUUUAGACAAGAUAGAAAGCCUACAGAACCAUGAAAAUUCUGAUAUCUACAGACUAGCCUACGAAAUUAUUGAUAACUACUUCUCUGAUGACACGGAAGAAGAUCCUUCUGUACUUCCCGAAUCCACAACCCAAGGUUUCCAGUUUGACCCAAAUUCAACAGUUCCUUCUGAUGGAUUCAAGUUUUGACAACAGGAUGGAGACCACGAUGUUGACUUUCUCUCGUGGUACAGUCUAGGCGCUUGUUAGUAAAACCCUGUGAUUGGAGAUUGACAGGCUAGGCAAGAUUAGAUAGCCAUAUGUCUACUCUGAGGAAAAAAACCUUCCCUUCAUCUCAUAGCUCCGCCCCUUGGGUAAUGACAGGAGACGGCACAGGAUAACAUCUACUGAAACACGGACUGACUUUAACCACAAGGAUAUCCGGUAUGACUCUUCCAGGAUAUACUCUACGGACAUUUCCUGAAAGUAAAAUAAGGGCAGUUCCAGGAAAGUUUCUGGUCUGUUCUAACAGUUCACAAACUUUCAAGAAAAUUGACUACGACUCUUCCAGGAUACCCUCUAUGGACAGUUCCAGGAAAGAUUUUGGUUUAACGGUUCACAAACUUCCAAGAAUGUCUUCUUUGGGAUGGACAAUGAACACAUUUACAGACAAUAUCAAGAUUUCUCUGGGGAAAAAUUCUGUAGAAUGCCUCUUGGAAAAUUCCUUGAAAAAGUGAACAAAUACAUAUGGUUUCACUGGACAUGGUGUUAAGUCCAUGGAAGUCCAGCCUCCAUAUGUUAAUAACUAGAUGUGUGAAUACCGACAAACUGUGAAUCAGGGGGUUAGAUUGACUGGAGAAAUUGAACUCUGACCUGACCUUCCCUGAAUAACGUCAUGAUUGAAUGACUUUGACACAAAACUGUACAUACAGUUAUUGACCCCAAAUUGACCUGUCGACACCAGUGAACUUUGACCUUUGGACGAAGCAAAGUGGUGUAUAAAUAACAAUAUAUAUCUCAAUCAACAUUUAACCCUGUUGAACAGUGAUAUUAACAGCCAUAUUGGCUUUACUGGAUUUGUGCAUUUCGUAUGAUUUUUUUUUUUUAAUUAGAUUUUUCUUUCUUACUCUCUUCAUAAGAAAUACAGCAUUGUUGGUACUUCAAGAGCUGUUGGUUGGGAAAUAUGAACACACGUCCGUUUUAUCGUUAUUUUUAAGUAAUAUUCAUAGCUACAUAUUUCUUUUACUGAAUUAGCUGGCAUGGUUAUGUAUUAUAUUUGCAUUUAGCAGUUAACUUUGAUGUACAAAAACUUCAUGUGUAGUAAAAUCUACCUUAAACUUUUUGUUUUUUGCUGUGAUCAAAUAUGAUUGAUUUUGAAAUGCAGUGUACAUCAUAGUUUUGACUAUUUAAUAGAUUUUUGCCAGACUAAUAGUAUAAUAUAUAAAGUAUCAUAACUACUUGUAAUCAUUACUGAUAAGCAUGUAUGUAAAUGGGAGAAACUGUUUGCAUCAAAAACAAAAAAACCUCAGGGCUUAGCGCUAAAAUAUAAUCUGGACAGAGUUCUGCAUGUAUUGCUGAUGUUUAUCCAAAAGUACUAAAACCUUUCCUGUUUUAAAGCCAGGAGUUUUAAAAGUCUAUUCCAGUAUUUCAUAGCUAAGUAAAGAAUAAGACCCUAUAUGUCUUCAUUGUUACAAACUGAUGCCAGUAUAUCAUACUAAACAAGAAAUCCAUCAAACAAUUCUCAAAAAUUUCUGUCCAAAAAUUGAAUGAAAUGGUCGGUUGUGAUGGUCUGUGCAAGACAUUAAACACGUUUAGUUUUGGUGUGGUACCUCUAUAGAGAGAUGAGAACUCUCCCUGUUUGUAAUGUAUUUUAAAGUACUGUACAUUCCAAAACUUAAUUCUGGUAUUUACAUUGUUUAGGUUACAUUGCUGUCAAUGAGUUUAGUAAAAAAAAAUUAUUAUGAUCAUUUAAUUAUAGAGGUACCAUGUAAUUCAUUUGUAAUUGAACAAAAAAAGUUGUGUAGUGAAGAAUUUUCACAGCUUAUCAAAGCAUUCAGCUUCCACUCUUUAGUAGUGAACCAUUCUUACUGCAUCAGGAUUUCUGUAUUCUGUAGUGAGUGUCAUUGAUGAUGAUUUUUAUAGAAUUCGACCCCAGUUGAAGAAAAGAAAAUCGAGUAAGAGUGCUGUGUAGUUGUCAGUAUGGGAUGUAGAUUUACAGUUACUGUAAAAUCAUAUAUUUAUGUGGGACUCAAAUGUUACGAAAAUGUGUGUUUUCAUUGGGACUGGAUUUUAUUUUUUUUUUUAAUCUUGCUCAUGAAAUCCACUAGUAAUAUUAUCCACAUUAACUUUUUUUCUGUUGAUCAUUAUGUGGACAUGAGAAUUUAUGAAUUUCGAGUAGCUACGGAAUGAACAGGAGAUAAAACCUCAACAAAUGAUGAUUUUACAGUAUACUUCAUGAGAGGGAGAGAGAACGUCUUGUUUUAUAAGUGGAUUGCAUGCAGAUUGAAAUAUUGAGAAAUAAAAAGAUUGCUAGAUAUUGGGGGGAAAACUCCAACAAAACAGUUUUGUUGAUUAGUGAUGGAGUAUAACUUGUAAGAAUAUUAUAAUACCUUUUGCUGGAAGAAAGAAUAAAUUUCUUGGGGAAUAUCCUGACAGUUUUUCUAAAGAAAGCAUAUAUUUUUCGGAAUGUGAAAGAGGUAUAAGAAUGAGGAUGUAUUCAGAGACAGAAAGUUUAUAUGUUUCAUGCUAUUGAAUGAUGAUUCUGUUACUUGAGAAAACAACAGUGUGUAAACCUGUAUGAAAAUUGAUAGCAGAUCUCUCAACUGGGAAGAAGUGUUGCUUUUAAUGCUGAUUACAAAUACCUGAUUAAUAUAUUUCCAGGGAAACGUAUUUAACUCGGCAUAAUACAUAGAGAAGUGGAUGUAUUCUAGUUCAAAGAGAUGUGUGUAUAAUUGUUUCACAUCAACAUCACAAAGAUGUGCUAGUUAUAAAUAAAGAAGUUGAUAUAAAACCACUAUGAUGUCUAACUACCAGUGGUUUGAAUGCUUGUUUUAAACUACUACAGUAGUAGUUAUUGACAUUUUUUACUACGGUAACAUAUUGUUUAUUGUGUAUUUGUGAUAUAUUUCAAACAACAGUGCCAAGAUCAGAAACAAUUUUUUUUAAUACUUAUUGGUGAAAUUCUUCAGUUUCACUUAAUAAGUGACAUGAUAUUCAAUUUUUGUGAAUGAACAUGUUUCCCAGGAAAAGUAAGUAAAGUUUACAUUCCUUUGUAAUUAUUGAUUGUCUCCCUUGUCGGAGGAGGACAGUUAUUUCCCAGGUGAAGAUACCUUGAUCUUUUUACCUGAGAGAUGGAACCAUUUCUGUAUGGUCAUCAUCUCUAUUUUAUAAAUGGUUAGAUAAGUUGUCCAAUAUUGUGUUUGUGUUACCCUUCUAUACAAAUUUAUGCUGUGACUAAGAAUUCACAGUCUGUGAAGUAUUACUGUAUAGAUGAGACACUCUUCACUGUCCUCAAAGGACAGGUGUUUCUCAUCUGACAAUUUUUUAGUUUUGUGCAAAUUGAUUGCAUUCAUAAAUGUACCAUGCACAGGUGAUUAAACCUGAUAUGGGUACAUGUGUUCACUAUAGGCAGAUUAUCUGCUGACAAAUAGUGGCUCUGUGUAAGACAGUUCAUCAUAUGAUAAUUGAAGAUACACAUGUAUACGGCCAGGUGGCCUGAUGUACAGGUGCCCUCAAAUUGAUCUGUUUUGGUCACAUGACCUCUAAGAGGUCCUUGAUACUAUUGAUUAUGCAACUGAUCUGUCACAGGAUUCAGUAUCGUGGAGGAUUAGCCUCGCAUAGAUGUGUCAGUAUUUACAAUAUUUUGUCCUGAUCACCACUUCAUUGUGGUUCUCCAAUGCAAAUGUUCUUUGAACAUGUGUCACUUUGCACAGGUGUUUAAAGAGGGGAAUAUGAUGGUAGUUGUCUGUGAUCAGAGACGCAGCCAUGAAUGUGUGCAAUAUGUGUAGCUUUGUAUGUGUGCGUAUGAUUUUAUACCUGGUGUGAGAUGAGGUAGCUUGUUCGUGUGAUUAAUGUGUCUAAAUGAGAGGACCAAGUGUGUGUAUGGGAAUGUUAGGACCAUGCUAUUGGUAUUUCAGAAAUGUGUCAUUACAAUAAUGCUAUAACUUGAUCCAUGUGUGCUAUAGCACUGGAUGUAUGGACUUUCAAAUGUUGAUAUUCAAUGCUGAUAUAUAAAUAACUUCCAAUUAAAGCAACUAGUUCAGUGCUCAAAUGACAAUUAAUGUAAGGAUGCUAUGUGAGGUACAGAAUCUUUCCUAUGUGUAGCUGAAAGUUCAGUUUUUGUGAUAUUUGAAAAUCUUAUUUGUUGCACAGAUUAUCAAUUUGCUCUAUUUUUAAACUUCCACGGAUUUUGCAAAAUAGAGGGAAUAUAUAUUUGAAUGUAAAUGAUUUCUGCUUUUUAAGUAAAACAGUGACGUCUCUGGUGAUUAUUCUCUCUAUAUUAGGAUAUAUUCAACGUGUCAGCUUAUAUCCUCUAGUCUUUUUAUUACAAGUUUAGAUUUUACUGUAUACCCUAUCAAUCUUGUCGCUCAAGUUUUAUUCUUAGAGUUUAAGAGUAGCUUGUUUUGAGCCCUUUUUAUUGAUGUCUGUACAACACUAUAGUAAGCACAUGAUUUCAGUCAUGUCUGUGUUUGACAGGGAUGUAUUUUACUGUAUUAAAGGCCUGACAUUAUGACCUAAGAAGUGCUUGACAAGACCUUUAACGGACCUAUGACAUUGAUUUAUACAUAGACCAAAUUCAUACCAGAUAAUAUGGGUAACCCCUGUCUGUUGAAAACUGAUGAGAAUCUGCUGGAUUGUACGCCUACAGAAACCACUGGGUUAGUCCUUUAUAUGUAAUACUGUCAAGAUUUAGUCUGUUAGUCUCUCCUAAAAAUCACUCAAACAAUAAUUUCAACAGCAAAUUUUCAACAGUCACACAGAGCAAACUCCAGAAUUGAACAUAUCUACACUCCAGAAUAAUGGUUUGUGUUCAACUGUUCAGAUUCACAGUUCAUUUUUGAUUCAAGAGUUUGUUUUGAAGCUUUAAAUAAAAGAAAGUAUGAAUAUGGCCGAGAUUAUAAUAGCUUGAGGAGAAAUGUCAUGGAUAUAUAUAUCAUUAUUUUGUUUCUUCCUUUCUACUUUGAAGACUGACAUUCACUUUUUUGGUUGAAACCGUUUGAGAAGUCUCCAGUAUGUUAUUAUAUGGUGAUAUCCAAUAUAUUCCAGAUGGUAUUUUGUCUUUUCCUUAAUACACCAAUGAUUCUGAGAAAUCAUUACCAAAAGAAGGUUUUGAAUUUUACCAGGGUAGUAUUGUCUUUUUCAUGAUGAUGAUUACAUUUUGUUAUAAAGUGGAAUUUUUACUAUGCUGUUCCUAUGUACUUGUUAUAAGUUAUCAACACAAGCAUGGAGUUCUGUUAUUUAUCAUACUAUUAUCAGUUUGUUCAUUAUCCCGUCAAUGUCAUAUAGAAGAUAUACGUUUAUAUAGAGAACAAAAUAAGUCGUUGUGAAAAAAAAAUCACAACAAGCACAACUCCAACACAAAGCUGAUAGUCUUGACAGUCAAUUUUUGUGAUUAGCCUUAUGUUGGAGUUGUUGAAUUUGACAUAUAUGUAUAUAUAUUUGGCAAAAUUUCUGAUCAGAUUGUUUUCUACUAACAUGUCAACUUCUCUGUUCACAUAUCUAUGUGGACUGUGUCAGUUAAAGCUGGAUUGUUAAUUAAACAGUAGGGUUAGCUAGCAAUAGAACUGCACUGCGGAGUGUUUUGCUAAAAGCUCAUGAGUCAAAUAUUUACCAGAAACAUUCACCAGUUCCAUAUAAUUGGACCCCAAAAGACUGCUUUAUUUUUGUAUGAUAGAAACGCUAAUAUAUAUGCCUUGAGACAUUCUGUGGUAUAAUACAUCCUGAUGUGGAUGUUGUGAAAUCUUCUGUAUAUACAUGUACCACUGCCUCAGGUUCUCUGUGUACUGUGGAACUGAGGUAAUUAGGAUAAGGGUGAGCAGCACACGCUCACUAAACGUUUAUUUUGCCCUUGCUACCACUAAUAAUUUCUAAUAUCCAACUGAUUUUUUUCCUGCUAUUUAAGUUAACCUGUUUUUUUCUGUAUUGUCAUUUACAUGGUGGUUUUAAAUGGGCUUAAAGUGGGUAAAUUAUAAAUCCUACGUUAGUUACACUAUAUCAACAUGACAAGGGAGGGACUGGCAGUGAUCGCCAAUGUUGAUGUAGUUACUCUGUGUAUCAUUGUUAGUCAUCACUUAUUUAUUUAAUACUUUAACAAUCCCCAGGUAUCACAAUGUCAUGGAUACACGGUGGUCAUUGUUAAUCUCUCCCCUGGAAUACAACGUACGGAGAGUCCAGUCCAAUAUAGUCUCGCCAUAUUGUUAUGAGGAUGUUGGAUUUGGUUUGGUCUGGUUGCCUCCCUUGGUAUCCUGACAUAACUAGACGCUUUUCUUGUACCAUAGCUUUUAUUUCUGUAUGGAUAAUUUGUAUAUAUUGUACCAUAAAUUGUAGUAAUAUAAAUAUAUGAUUUGGGCCAUUUUAACAAGUAUUUUCCAAAACCGAAGAAAUCAAUCAAGCCAAUCGAACUAGGGUAUUCUAUGAUGAAAAUCGGCUCAGAUUAAGUGGCAGUAUUGUGUUAUAUGCUAAUUUAGACAUAUGUUUUUACGAUAAUUACAACAUUAAUGAUUGUCCUUAAAUUGCUAUCACUGCCGGAAGACGUAGUUUAAUCUACAUAAUGUAUGAUGUUAAAGUGGUCCAGGACAAUUAUAACUACACAGUGUGUCUUUGUAAUUAAGAAAUGUCAGCAGUACCAUUCUAGUAGAAACAAAAGUAAAACGUGAACGUUAUAAUUCAUUAUCAUUGAUAUUUUAUGCAAUCUCAAUAUUUUUUAUUUCUAAACUUGUCUAAAUUGAGUCUGUUCGAUAAGUUGAAUAGAUUCUGUUCUGAGUUUGCUUAACUUUGAUGGAAUGCUACUAUGAUGAAAUACGUGAUACUGGUGACAUCGAUAUGAUCAAUAAACUCGAGUGAUUGAGACCUUUCCGGGGCUCCUGUCACUGUUCAACUCAA